UCGCGUGUAGGUGCUCGGUCCUGCUGGAGGCCGCCAGUGGCACACACGCGGUCCCGAGAUGGCGAGCAUACGAGUGGCUAAGGUAACCGCGUAUAGGAUGACCCCUUUCUCUUGGCUCCCCUCGCCCCCCGCAUUCCCUCCUCUCUCCAUCCCCUCCGCGGCUCUCCGAGCACAUUCAUUUAUUUGUCUGGGCAUCAGAGCUGGCUGAAUCCCUGUCCUUCCCGCGCUCUACUCAGAGGAGGACUGGCCUGCAAGAGUGGCCAGAGCUGGAGUUUUGGGGGUUUGGGGGCCUCCGCUUGAGCCGUUUGCGUAGUGAAGAUGAGCUAGGUCCUCCAAAACUGGUUUCAAUUUCGCUUUUCCUGCCUGAGACUUGUGAUGAUAACUGGGUGCAUCUCCAGUGCAGGAAAGGUCCUUGGCAUCUUGGUGCCAGGCAUUCUGCUACUGCUGGUGGUGGGUUGUGAACACAGAUGACCAGGAUGAAGUCCUUGCCUUGGAAUAAGCCCAUGGCCCAUCCCAUAAUUUGAUGGGAUUACUAGAGUCCUGAGAAACACGGAAUGCUGAUUAGAAUUUGGGGCAAAGUUCCCUGGGUAUUCUCUGGAGGAAAGAUGCGGAGGUGGACCUGGAAGGCCUCCUGGAGUAGGUGGCUUGCAUUCGAGCUGGAGGAUCUUCAGAAGAAGCCUCCCCCGUACCUGCGGAACCUGUCCAGCAGUGAUGCCAAUGUCCUGGUGUGGCACGCUCUCCUCCUACCUGACCAACCUCCCUACCACCUCAAAGCCUUCAACCUGUGCAUCAGCUUCCCGCCUGAGUAUCCGUUCAGGCCUCCCACGAUCAAAUUCACAACCAAGAUCUACCACCCCAACGUGGACGAGAGCGGAUAUGUUUGCCUGCCCAUCAUCAGCAGUGAGAACUGGAAGCCUUGCACCAAGACUUGCCAAGUCCUGGAGGCCCUGAAUGUGCUGGUGAAUAGACCGAACAUCAGGGAGCCCCUGCGGGUGGACCUCGCUGACCUGCUGACAGAGAAUCCGGAGCUGUUCAGAAAGAAUGCUGAAGAGUUCACCCUCCAAUAUGGAGUGGACCGGCCCUCCUAACUCGUGUUCUGAUCCUCUGUGCACUGGAUCCUUGGCAUGGUGGACGGACACACCUCAUGGACUGAGGCCAGAGCCCCCUAUGGCCCAUUCCCCACUCAUUUUUUCUUUCUUAGGUUGUUAGUCAUUCGUUUGUGUGUGGAGGGGGUAGAGGGAAGGGAGCUGUGAGUGUGUGUGUUGUGUGUGGACUCCCUCCCGGGUUCACCUGGCCACAGGUACACCCUUCCCACAGCCUUUGCAUCCCCCAGAGCCAAGGGAGUUUAAGUUUGCAGAGUUACAGGCCAGUUCUCCAGCUCUCCAUCUUAGAGACACAGGUCAUCUCGCCGGCCUGCUUGCAGGAAAUGAGCCCAGCAGCCAACUCGAAUCCCCCUAGGGCUCAGGCACUGAGGGCCUGGGGACAGUGGAGCGUAUGGGUGGGAGACAUAUGGAGGGUACCCUAUUUACACCUGAGUCAGCAAAGCCACUGAUGGGAAUCUACAGAUUUAGGUGCUAAACCGUUUAUUUUCCACGGAUGAGUCACAAUCUGAAAAAUCAAACUUCCAUCCUGAAAAUCUGUAUGUUUCAAAACCACUUGCCAUCCUGUUAGAUUGCCAGUUCCUGGGACCAGGCCUCAGACUGUGAAGUGUGUGUCCUCCAGCAUCCAGUCCAGGGGGAGCCACAGAAACCAUGUUCUUGCUUAAGCCAUUAAAGUCAGAGAUGAAUUCUGGA